GAUCUUCCUGGCUGUCAUGUUUGAAACCUAGACCGUAUAAAAAGAAACUUCGUUCGUGAAACAUGACGAUAAUAUUUCCACACAUCUGUAGAAGUUGAGAUGGCCGCGGAGCAGCGGACGGUUUGCUCGGCGAACUGCAGCUCAGAGUAGUUAGCUGACUUAGCUUCUGCCUGCUAAUCUGCGCUCCUGCUCGGUCGGAGAUGGAGCGGCUGAUCUCCAGGCUCACGGAGACACGCGUCCUGUUCUCGGUUUCCCUCGCUGUGCGACUGGCUCUGGUCGCCUACGGAGACCACCAGGACAGGACUAUGGUGGUGAAGUACACUGACAUUGACUACCAUGUGUUCACAGACGCGGCCAGGUUCAUUACCGAGGGUGAGUCUCCGUACAACAGAUCAACCUACCGCUACACUCCUCUGCUGGCCUGGCUUCUCACCCCCAACAUCUACCUCAGCGUGGUAUUUGGAAAGAUCCUGUUUGUUGUCUGUGAUGUGCUGUCAGGUCUGCUCAUCUACAGAAUCCUCCGCCUGCGAGGUCUGGGCUCUGAGACUGCACGUCGUGUUUCUUCUCUGUGGCUCCUCAACCCACUGCCCAUGGGAGUAUCGAGCCGAGGGAAUGCUGAGUCCAUCCUGGCAGCCCUGGUGCUGGGGACAUUACUCUGUGUGGAAGGCCGGCGUCUCAGGUGGGCAGCUGUUCUGUACGGCCUGUCAGUCCAUAUGAAGAUCUACCCCAUUACAUAUGCUCUUCCCAUUGCACUGAGCCUGCGUUCACCAGAGACCAGAGCCGAGGACAAAGAGAGGUGGAGGAGGUUCCUCAGGUUCAUCGGCAGCUUCCUGAACGCAGAGCUCUUCCUCUUUGGAAGUGUGGCCGGAGGAGUUUUCUGUGCGCUCACAGCACUCUUCUAUUCCAUGUACGGUUGGGAGUUCCUUCAUGAGACCUACUUGUACCAUCUGACCAGACGGGACAUCAGACACAACUUCUCUCCAUACUUCUACAUGCUCUACCUCACCGCAGACAGCAGGUGGAGCCAGUGGCUUGGCCUGGCUGCCUUUCUCCCACAGCUCAUCCUGCUGUCGGUAGCAUCAUGGUCCUUUCACUCCGACCUGGCCUUUUCCUGUUUCCUUCACACGGCCGUCUUCGUCUCCUUCAACAAAGUCUGCACAUCACAGUACUUCCUGUGGUACCUGUGCUUACUUCCACUGGUCAUCCCUCACCUGAGCCUGUCACUGAAACAGGGACUGGGACUGCUGCUCCUCUGGUUUGCUGGGCAGGCCAUGUGGUUGGGCCCAGCCUACUUCCUGGAGUUUGAAGGGUACAACACCUUCCUGAUGAUCUGGCUCACUGGUUUGCUCUUCCUGAUCAUCAACUGCUUCAUCCUGACUCAGAUCAUAGUCCAUUACAAACCAGCACAGACUCCACAGAGACGAAAGGCUGAGUGAUGCUCAGGAUCUUCUGACUUCGACCGCAGCUUCAGUAUAAAGAUUCAAAGGAUUUUCCACAUUCCACUUGUUUUUAACCAAAGACGAUGGAUGCACAAAAAUAAAGUCUGUGUUCUGCUGAAUCUCAGUCUCUUCAGUGCUUUUACUGCUAAUUACUUUGUCAUGUAACCAUUGUACGGUAAUCUUACCACAGACCAGUCAUACUCAU